GACACAGUCGUGGUAGAAGUGUAGAGGCUAAGCUACAUGUGGAGGGUAAAACGGGAGGUGUCCCCGACCCUAACUUUGUCAAAAUUCCCAGAUUUUACCCGAAACAGCUCUAAAUUAUAUCAAAUCACAAAUAAGCUUAUUAUCUUCUUUUUAAAAUGAAAGGUAGCCGGAUCGAGCUGGGGGACGUUACGCCUCACAACAUUAAGCAACUCAAACGCCUGAACCAAGUCAUCUUCCCUGUCAGCUACAACGACAAAUUUUACAAAGAUGUACUGGAAGUGGGAGAGCUUGCAAAGCUAGCGUACUUUAAUGACAUCGCAGUGGGAGCUGUGUGCUGCAGAGUAGAUCACUCUCAGAACCAGAAGAGGCUCUACAUCAUGACUCUUGGUUGUCUAGCGCCCUAUCGUAGGCUUGGAAUUGGUACAAAGAUGCUUAAUCAUGUCCUGAACAUCUGUGAGAAGGAUGGGACUUUCGACAAUAUUUACCUUCAUGUGCAGAUCAGCAAUGAGUCAGCCAUCGACUUUUACCAGAAGUUUGGUUUUGAGAUCAUCGAGACAAAAAAGAAUUACUACAAGAGGAUAGAGCCUGCAGAUGCCCAUGUGCUGCAGAAGAGCCUGCGCAGUCCGUGUGCACCGCCCAGCGGAGAGCUUCAGAAGACCGAAUAGGGGCACAGCGUUGGGGGAUUAAAGCACUUGCGUGCCCGCCAACAUAGAAACAGAACUGUGCAAAUGCCCCAGGGUCAACACAUUAACAGUUUCUUCAGAGGACAAAGAAAACAAGUUUCACAUACAAAAAUUGCAGCGGUCAUUUUGGAAAAAUAUGAUUUUUUUUUUUUUUUUUUUUUCAUAUUUUAUUGUUCCCUUAAUUUCAUGCAGUUGUUUGUAAAAUGAUAAAAGCUGCAUCAAAAUUGGUCCUAAUGACAAAAAAUGCCAACCUAUGCGAGUUUCAGACAUGGAAGAUGGGGAUGUUCGCAAAUCAUACUGUUUGUGUUUGAGGUGUUUUAUGCGGUUAUGAUGCCUAAUGGGGACAUAUCUAUUUUUUGAGCAUAAGGAAAGAGUUUGAAAAGACCAUCACUGACGGGUCUGUUUGGGGUGUUACGUGGAGUUUCUCGUGGAACACACAACUCUUGUUCUCACAACCUGAACCCUGUGAUUUGUGAGAAGUGAGUAGCCAGCAUGUGUCUAGGUGGAAAUGGAGAUGUUUUCUCUCGGUGCGCACACAAUGAAAGCUGAAUGGUUCAGAGGUGGUAGGGGAAUGUGAUCACCACGCUCACUUUCCGGGGGACUUAUAAAUUUUGGCCAACAAUUGUUUUUCUUUCUUCCCCCACAUUAAAAUGGCAAAAGGUUCAGAGGUUCCACUGGGUUUAUUACAAGAGCAACAAAUGAUUAAAUGUGAGCUAGCCACAAAGUCACAAUACUAAAAUGUUUUAACAGGUAAUGUUUUCUUUAUGAAAAUGUAUCAGUAACUGAUUGUAUGGGUUAAUUUUGGACAUUUAGUUCCAAGCACUAUACUGAAGAUUUUGAGCUAUACCGUAAUGCUUUUAAAGCAUCUUAUGUAGCCAUCUUGCAAAAAUGGUGUCAGACUUGCAGCACCAGCUUUCUGUUCAACUGUUCUAUGGUUAAACUGAUAUUUCGGAUGUUUUUAUAGGCUCUCUUUAACAAAACCCAGAAGAAGCUCUGACCCCUCUGCAUCCAGGGAGAGUUGUCUUCUCCACUGUAGUAAACGCAUGUUUUGUUUUUCUUU